UUUCGGAAUUACCUAAACUACAAACUAUUAUUCUCCAACAAUCGAUAAAUAUAUUUUUUUGUGGCAAGAUGAGCGCGGAGGAGCGUGACCGCGAGUAUGUGUGCAAUGUGCAACUGCAUGUGGAGCCCAGCGAACGGCCCAAGUUGCCGCCAGGGUGUCCCCCUCCUCUGGAUUCCCGGAGUACUGAAUCGGAGCCGCAGCACUCAGAAGAAUGCUGCGUGGAACUGGAGAAUGUGACGGUGAAGUUCCGGCUAUCGGACUCCGAAAUCCUGGCCCAAGUUUAUCCCAACUGUAUGCUCUUGGGCGAGAUAAAACAGGAUCUUGCUCGCAAGUUUGAGGUGGCACCGGAAUGGCUCGUCCUCCGACAGGAUAACCGUGUGCUCUGCAACUCCGUGCCUUUGAACUCGACUGUUCUAGAUGAGUACGGCAUUCAUGAGUUCCAACUGGACAUGUGUAAGGACGGUAAAGAGGAUCACACCUCCAAGCUAGAUCUGGAUGUCUACUAUGACAAACACCGUCUGGCCGACUUUAUCACUGUCCACAUCUCUGGUGAUGACGCUCUGGAUGGCCAGUCCAAGACCGUGGUCGUAGAGAUCGAGAAUGCGGCCAUAAUUAAGCCAUUCCUCUGCGGCUACCGGGAUCAAAUCACGGGCAAGGAAUACUUGGACGCCUUUACCCAAACUGGUCCGUACUUUGACAAGAUGAAGUACAGGAAGUACAAGACCAGGGAUACGCAGACAUGGGAGCAAAAGGAAAAGACUCUGAACACAGCCCAUGAGCAGUCGGUGCAAUGCCAUCUGGAUGGCAUUAAUAUACUAUACGUUUCCGCCGUCAAUGAGUUUACCAUAAUUCCUGGCAAGUACCAGACUUUUGCCCAGAAGGAGCGAGCAGAGCGUAAACUGGAGAAGAUUUUGCUCAUCCAGCGAAACUGGCGGCGCUGGGUUUUAUGGAAAUAUAUUCACCUGCGGGCGCAGGAGUAUCGUCGCCUGGUGCAGAAUCGCGAGCAGGAGGAUGAGCGGUAUGAGAAGUGUGUGGAACAGCGCGUGGAGCGACAUCGGGUGAUCAAGCAAUUCCCGCGCAACAAGGAUGACUUCGAUCUGCUCUAUGCUGAGGUGGGUCGCUGGAAAAAGGCGGAGCUCAAGCGAAUUACUGCCAAUUAUGAGGGGCCUGCACGGAUUGCCGAGGUAAACAUCCUGCUGGACAAGGAGAUUCAGCUGCUAAAUGGCGUGGAGCGGCAGCGUAAUCUCGUCUACAAGGCCAUGGAGGACUUUCGCAAGGAUCAGCUGCUGAAGGAGAUGGGUAAGCCGAUCGAGUGGAUCGGCUACAAGGACACCAAGAUCCAUAUGGAUCUUUUAAGCACACAGCGAGUGCGUUUCCUCACCGAGAUCUACAAGGAUCUGCGUAAGCCGCGGAGCAAGGAGGAUCGCUUAGAGUUCAUACGACAAGUCAUGUUAGUACUCACCGAGGAGACUUGCUUUCCAAAUUUUCCAGAGCUCUUUGAACUCUUUGACCGCGAGAAGAAUCUUUUGCUCUAUGCCAAGUCUUUUGAUGUGGAAAUCUUGCGCAAACGGCAGACCAUGCUCUUUUUCGAUCUCAUAAAGUUCCAAAAGGGCGAGCCCAAACAAAGGGUUCCAUCGCGCAUGUGCAUUGUAUGCAAAAAGGUUAAGACCUAUGCCGAAUUUGCCAUUAGAACACGUCAAAGCCAUGUGGACACCUGCAAGCACUGUUACUACCUAAAGCUUACUGCUACUGAGAACACAGUGUACCAGUCUAUUCUCCGGUGCAUCCAUCGGGAUGAGCGAAAACGCAAGUGCACCACAUCCUUUGCAUUCGUAAUGCAGCCAGAUGAUGUUCGCCACAUCAUAGACAAAAUAUGGCACGGACAUUCGGCUCUUAGCAAGUCAGAGAAUCUUAGUGAACUAAGAUUGCCGCGUUGGAACAAGAGCGAUGACUGGGCACCGUGGAACUCAAUUUGCCUGACGGAACGGGAGACGCGAGAUCACUACAAGAUCGAUGACAUCGAGAAGGUGUAUGAUCCCAAGUUCGUUUUGCACAUCAGCAAUCUUCACAUGCUAGCUCGCAGUCUAUUCCACACCUUGGCGGCUGUGGCCACCGAGUUCCAGGAGACGGGCCAAUGGUGGAAAGUUGGCAUGAACAAACAACGUUCCAGUAAACUGGAUGCCGUCUAAGAAGUGUGGUAAACACUUCAUAUAAAAUAAAUCCUUCGAAAUUUGGGU